AUGCCGCUCAGGUUGGAGAUCAAGCGGAAGUUCGCUCAACGGUCGGAGAGGGUCAAGUCGGUGGAUUUGCAUCCCACGGAGCCAUGGAUCCUGUCGAGCCUGUACUCGGGGAGUGUCUGCAUCUGGGAUUAUCAGGCACAGGCAAUGGUGAAAUCAUUUGAAGUUUCAGAACUGCCAGUGAGGUCGGCAAAAUUUAUUUCAAGGAAACAAUGGGUUGUAGCUGGUGCAGACGACAUGUUCAUUCGUGUCUACAACUACAAUACCAUGGACAAAGUUAAAGUUUUUGAGGCUCAUACUGAUUACAUCAGAUGUGUUGCGGUCCAUCCAACUCUACCAUAUGUGCUGUCAUCAUCUGAUGACAUGCUAAUAAAACUGUGGGACUGGGAUAAAGGGUGGAUGUGCACUCAAAUAUUUGAGGGACAUUCACACUAUGUGAUGCAGGUUACUUUCAAUCCAAAGGAUAUUAACACCUUUGCAAGCGCAUCUCUUGACCGCACUACAAAGAUAUGGAGUUUGGGCUCUCCAGAUCCAAACUUCACACUCGAUGGACAUCAAAAGGGUGUCAACUGUGUUGACUACUUCACUGGUGGUGACAGGCCCUAUUUGAUUACUGGUUCUGAUGACUCCACUGCAAAGGUCUGGGAUUACCAGACUAAGAGCUGUGUUCAGACACUUGAAGGACAUACACAUAAUAUUUCUGCUGUUUGUUUCCAUCCUGAGCUCCCUAUAAUCAUUACUGGAUCCGAAGAUGGUACAGUUCGUAUAUGGCAUUCGACAACUUACAGACUUGAGAACACACUAAACUAUGGCCUUGAGAGAGUCUGGGCUGUUGGAUACAUGAAGGGAUCAAGAAGGAUGGUGAUUGGUUAUGAUGAGGGGACCAUUAUGAUAAAAAUGGGCCGUGAAGUACCCAUAGCAAGUAUGGAUACCAGUGGGAAAAUCAUUUGGGCGAAACAUAAUGAAAUACAAACUGUAAAUAUCAAGACAGUCGGUGCAGGCUUUGAGGCCACAGAUGGAGAAAGAUUACCCUUGGCUGUAAAAGAGUUAGGAAGCUGUGAUUUGUACCCACAGAGCUUGAAGCAUAACCCUAAUGGACGGUUCGUUGUUGUAUGUGGAGAUGGCGAGUACAUAAUUUAUACUGCCCUGGCCUGGAGGAAUAGAUCAUUUGGAACUGCACUGGAAUUUGUUUGGUCAUCAGAAGGAGAAUAUGCAAUUAGGGAAAGUACAUCAAGAAUAAAGACUUACAGUAAAUCAUUUCAGGAGAAGAAAACUAUCCGCCCUUCAUUUUCAGCAGAGCGUAUUUUUGGUGGGGUAUUGUUGGCUAUGUGUUCUAGUGACUUCAUCUGCUUUUAUGACUGGGCUGAUUGUAGACUAAUACGCCGAAUUGAUGUGAAUGUUAAGAACGUUUACUGGGCUGAUAGUGGUGACCUAGUUGCAAUAGCAAGUGAUACAUCAUUCUACAUCCUCAAGUACAAUGUCACUACUAUGUAUCAUUUGGAUCGCCCUAUGUACCUAUUGGGAUAUCUUGCGAACCAAAGUCGAGUUUAUCUUAUUGACAAGGAGUUUAAUGUCAUUGGGUACACAUUACUUCUGAGUUUGAUUGAGUACAAGACCCUUGUGAUGCGUGGGGAUUUGGAACAUGCAAAUGAAAUUUUAUCGUCCAUACCAAAGGCGCAAUAUAAUAGUGUUGCUCAUUUUUUGGAAUCGAGAGGUAUGUUGGAAGAGGCUCUUGAGAUAGCCACCGAUGCUGACUACAAGUUUGACCUAGCUGUGCAGCUUGGAAAAUUAGAAGUUGCAAAGGCUAUCGCCAUAGAAGCACAAAGUCAAUCUAAAUGGAAGCAGUUGGGCGAACUCGCCAUGUCCACAGGCAAGCUAGAGUUGGCGGAGGAAUGCCUUCUUCAAGCGAAGGAUUUAAGUGGCUUGUUGCUACUGUACUCAUCUCUUGGAGAUGCUGAAGGAAUUGAAAAGCUUGCUUCUUUGGCAACAGAACAUGGAAAAAACAAUGUUGCUUUCCUCUCCCUUUUUAUGCUUGGUAAAGUGGAAGAUUGCAUACAGUUGCUUGUAGACAGUAACCGUAUACCUGAAGCUGCAUUAAUGGCACGAUCAUAUCUUCCUAGCAAAGUACCAGAGACAGUAGCAACUUGGAGAAACGACCUCAGUAAAAUUAAUCCAAAAGCUGCAGAGUCUCUGGCAGAUCCUUCUGAAUAUCCAAAUUUAUUUGAAGACUGGCAGGUUGCUCUAACUGUAGAAAAAAACAUUGCUUCUCAGAGGGGCCAUUAUCCUCCUGCUGACCAGUACUUGAAUCAUGCUGAGAAGUCAGACAUGACUCUUGUUGAAGCUUUCAAAAGGAUGCAGGUCAUGGAGCAUGAGCAACUUGAAGAUGCAGCUGAGGAAAAUGGAGAACCUGAUCAACUGGCGUUGGAAGAGAAUGAAAUGCAGAACACAGAUGAUGCUGAUGAACCUGAAGAGACAGUUUUUGUAAAUGGGGAUGAGGGUGAGGAACAGCAGGGUACGGACAAUGAAGGAGCUUCGUCUGCUUAG